AGAUUCCUGUCAGCGGCGGCGGCGGUGGCGGCGGCCGUCAGUGUGCGCUGAGGAGAAGCCCGAAACGGACCCGUUUGGCUCUCCCUCUUCCCCUUUCCCCGGUCCGAAGCUUCUUCUCUCUGGACUCACCGGGAGUCAGUUCUCCACUCCGCAGAGCUGUUCCCUCCACUCCGCCGCCCUUCUCGUCGCUCGGCCGGGUGGGAAGUGACUGCCCUCGAGGAGGAGGAGGAGGCAGCGGCUGCCGCCCUCGCCUCGCCGCCCCCGGUUCGGUGCCCGCGGAUCCCGGAGAGGAGGUGCCGCCGCCACCGCCGCUCCCCCCCUCCCGCUGCCCUCGGGCCGGGCUGGGUCGAGCUGCGAUGCCCUCGGACUUCAUCUCAUUGCUCAGCGCGGACCUAGACCUGGAAUCGCCCAAGUCCCUGUACUCGCGAGAUUCUCUGAAGUUACACCCAUCACAGACUUUUCAUAGAGCUGGACUAUUGGAAGAAUCUGUCUAUGAUCUUCUCCCAAAGGAGUUACAGUUACCUCCACCUAGAGAAACAUCUGUAGCAUCAAUGAGUCAGACAAGUGGUGGUGAGGCAGGCUCGCCUCCUCCAGCUGUAGUUGCUGCUGGAUUUGCCUCUGAAGCAGGGAGUGUCUGCAUUAAAAAUGACCUGUAGUUCUCUGCUUCAUAGAUGCUUCUUCAGCUCCCUCCUCUUCCUCCAUGGGCGGUGCUUGCAGCUCCUUUACCACCUCUUCCAGCCCUACCAUUUAUUCUACCUCAGUCACCGACAGCAAGGCUAUGCAAGUGGAGAGCUGCUCCUCAGCCGUGGGGGUAAGUAACAGAGGGGUAAGUGAAAAGCAGUUAACCGGUAACACAGUUCAGCAGCAUCCAUCAACCCCGAAGAGGCACACAGUUUUGUACAUCUCACCACCACCUGAGGACUUGCUGGAUAACAGUCGGAUGUCCUGCCAGGAUGAGGGGUGUGGAUUGGAAUCUGAGCAGAGCUGCAGUAUGUGGAUGGAGGAUUCCCCCUCCAACUUCAGUAACAUGAGCACCAGUUCCUACAAUGAUAACACUGAGGUACCUCGUAAAUCACGAAAACGAAAUCCAAAGCAGAGGCCGGGGGUCAAACGACGAGAUUGUGAAGAAUCUAAUAUGGAUAUAUUUGAUGCCGACAGUGCCAAAGCACCUCACUAUGUGCUUUCUCAGCUUACCACGGACAACAAAGGCAACUCAAAAGCUGGAAAUGGAACAUUGGACAGCCAAAAGGGAACUGGAGUAAAGAAGAGCCCUAUGUUGUGUGGACAGUAUCCGGUUAAAAGUGAGGGGAAGGAGCUGAAGAUAGUGGUACAGCCUGAAACCCAACACCGAGCCCGGUACCUGACAGAGGGCAGCCGAGGCUCUGUAAAAGAUAGAACACAGCAAGGCUUUCCUACGGUGAAGCUGGAAGGCCAUAAUGAACCAGUGGUGUUGCAGGUAUUUGUGGGCAAUGAUUCUGGUCGAGUAAAACCACAUGGAUUCUAUCAGGCCUGUAGAGUAACUGGGCGAAAUACAACUCCGUGCAAAGAAGUGGACAUUGAAGGUACCACUGUUAUAGAAGUUGGUCUUGAUCCUAGCAACAACAUGACACUGGCGGUGGAUUGUGUUGGAAUAUUGAAGCUGAGGAAUGCCGAUGUUGAAGCCAGAAUUGGAAUUGCUGGAUCUAAGAAAAAGAGCACUCGUGCCAGAUUGGUUUUUCGAGUUAAUAUCACAAGGAAAGAUGGCUCUACUCUGACAUUGCAGACACCUUCUUCCCCCAUUUUAUGCACUCAGCCAGCAGGAGUUCCUGAAAUCUUAAAGAAAAGCUUGCAUAGCUGUUCAGUGAAAGGAGAGGAAGAAGUAUUUUUAAUUGGGAAGAACUUUCUGAAAGGAACUAAAGUUAUUUUCCAGGAAAAUGUUUCUGAUGAAAACUCUUGGAAAUCAGAAGCUGAAAUUGACAUGGAGUUAUUCCAUCAGAACCAUCUUAUUGUGAAGGUUCCUCCGUAUCAUGACCAACAUAUAACUUUGCCUGUAUCAGUGGGAAUAUAUGUUGUGACCAAUGCUGGAAGAUCUCAUGAUGUUCAGCCAUUUACGUACACUCCAGAUCCAGCAGCUGGUGCUUUGAAUGUAAAUGUGAAAAAGGAGAUAUCUAGUCCAGCAAGACCUUGCUCUUUUGAAGAAGCCAUGAAAGCAAUGAAAACGACUGGAUGUAACGUAGAUAAGGUGACUAUCCUUCCUAAUGCCCUGAUCACUCCACUCAUAUCAAGCAGUAUGAUUAAGACUGAAGAUGUUACUCCAAUGGAAGUAACAUCAGAGAAAAGAUCUUCCCCAAUUUUUCAGACUACAAAGAGCGUUGGAUCAACCCAGCAAACCUUAGAAACUGUUUCCAACAUAGCGGGGGGCGCACCCUUUCCCUCUCCGUCAUCAAGUGAGAAUCAGCAGCAGCUUCAGCCCAAGGCGUACAACCCAGAGACCCUGACAACUAUCCAAACGCAGGACCUCUCACAGCCCGGGACGUUCCCUGCAGUUUCUGCUUCUAGUCAGCUGCCCAGCAGCGAUGCACUACUGCAGCAGGCCACACAGUUUCAGACAAGAGAAGCUCAGUCCAGAGACACAAUACAGUCAGAUACAGUGGUUAACUUGUCACAGUUAACUGAAGCAUCACAGCAGCAGCAAUCCCCACUACAAGAACAAGCACAGACGUUACAGCAGCAGAUACCAUCAAAUAUUUUUCCAUCGCCAAACAGUGUGAGCCAGCUCCAGAGUACUAUUCAGCAGCUGCAAGCGGGAAGUUUCACAGGCAGCGCUGCUGGCGGCAGCAGUGGAAGCGUUGAUUUGGUCCAGCAGGUUUUAGAGGCACAACAGCAAUUAUCGUCUGUUCUGUUUUCUACCCCAGAUGGGAAUGAGAAUGUUCAAGAACAGCUUAAUGCAGACAUUUUCCAAGUCAGUCAAAUUCAAAAUAGUGUAAGCCCUGGAAUGUUUUCUUCAGCGGAGUCUGCAGUUCACACCAGACCAGAUAACUUACUACCUGGGAGGGCUGACAGCGUCCAUCAACAGACUGAAAAUACACUGUCUAAUCAGCAGCAGCAGCAACAGCAGCAGCAGCAAGUGAUGGAGUCAUCAGCUGCAAUGGUGAUGGAGAUGCAGCAGAGCAUUUGCCAAGCAGCUGCCCAGAUCCAGUCAGAGCUGUUUCCUUCAGCUACUUCAGCAAGUGGAAGCCUUCAGCAGUCUCCAGUUUACCAGCAGCCUUCUCACAUGAUGAGUGCACUGCCUACCAAUGAGGACAUGCAAAUGCAGUGUGAGCUAUUCUCAUCUCCCCCUGCAGCUUCUGGAAACGAAACUUCCACAACCACCACGCCACAGGUGGCAACCCCUGGCUCCACUAUGUUUCAGACACCAAGUUCAGGAGAUGGAGAAGAAACUGGAGCACAAGCAAAACAGAUUCAGAACAGCGUAUUUCAGACAAUGGUCCAAAUGCAGCGCAGUGGGGACAGCCAACCUCAAGUAAACCUCUUUACAUCUACAAAAAAUAUAAUGAGUGUUCAGAAUAAUGGUACCCAGCAACAAGGCAAUAGCUUGUUCCAGCAAGGGAGCGAGAUGAUGUCACUUCAGUCUGGGAACUUUUUGCAGCAGUCCUCUCAUUCACAGGCUCAGCUCUUUCAUCCUCAGAAUCCUAUUGCUGAUGCUCAGAACCUUUCCCAGGAAACUCAAGGUUCAAUUUUUCAUAGUCCAAAUCCUAUUGUCCACAGUCAAACUUCCACAGCAUCCUCUGAACAACUGCAGCCUUCAAUGUUUCACUCUCAGAAUACCAUUGCUGUGUUACAGGGCUCUUCAGUUCCUCAAGACCAGCAGUCACCCAACAUAUUUCUUUCCCAAAGUUCUAUCAAUAAUCUUCAAACUAACACAGUAGCCCAAGAAGAGCAGAUUUCAUUUUUUGCAGCACAGAACUCAAUUUCUCCACUUCAGUCAACAUCAAACACUGAGCAGCAAGCUGCUUUCCAACAGCAGCCUCCAAUCUCACACAUCCAGACCCCUAUUCUUUCCCAGGAACAGGCACAACCCUCUCAGCAAGGGUUAUUUCAGCCUCAGGUGGCCCUUGGCUCCCUGCCUCCUAAUCCAAUGCCUCAAAACCAGCAAGGUCCAAUUUUCCAAACACAGCACCCAAUAGUUGGCAUGCAGAGUAACUCUCCAUCCCAGGAGCAGCAGCAGCAACAGCAGCAACAGCAGCAGCAGCAGCAGCAACAGCAGCAACAGAGCAUUUUAUUCAGUAAUCAGAAUGCCAUGGCUACAAUGGCCUCCCAGAAGCAGCCACCACCAAACAUGAUGUUUAGCCCAAACCAGAACCCAAUGGCUAGUCAGGAGCAGCAGAACCAGUCAAUUUUUCACCAGCAAAGUAAUAUGGCCCCAAUGAACCAAGAGCAGCAGCCCAUGCAAUUUCAGAAUCAGCCUACGGUUUCCUCACUUCAGAACCCAGGUCCUACGCAAUCUGAGUCACCACAGACCUCCUUGUUCCAUAGCUCUCCUCAGAUCCAGUUGGUUCAAGGGUCACCUAGUUCUCAAGAGCAGCAAGUCACACUCUUCCUCUCUCCAGCAUCCAUGUCUGCACUGCAAACCAGUAUAAACCAACCAGACAUGCAGCAGUCUCCUCUUUAUUCCCCGCAGAACAACAUCCCUGGAAUCCAAGGAAGCACUUCUUCACCCCAGCCACAGGCUACUUUAUUUCACAACACUACAGGAGGCACAAUAAACCAAAUACAAAAUUCUCCUGGCUCAUCUCAGCAGACUUCAGGAAUGUUCUUAUUUGGCAUUCAAAAUAAUUGUAGUCAGCUUUUAACCUCUGGACCAGCUACAUUGCCAGAUCAGCUGAUGGCCAUAAAUCAGCCGGGCCAACCACAAAAUGAGGGCCAAUCUUCUGUGACAACACUUCUUUCUCAGCAAAUGCCAGAGACUUCCCCACUGGCCUCCUCUGUGAACAGCAGUCAGAACAUGGAAAAGAUUGAUUUGCUUGUUUCAUUGCAAAGCCAAGGGAACAAUUUAACUGGCUCCUUUUAGUGAGAUAAAUUCCAUGAAGAAUUCUGUAACAGUGAUUCCAAGAUGUCCUGAGAACUGUGGUUCCAUGAAGAUUAUUGAACUCUGGUGAAGAACUAUGUUUGAGUAAAUGGAUAGAUUUCCUGGCUGUAAGAGUACACCCAUGCUGCCUGUUGCAGUGAUUUGCCACCAAUGUGCUUUUUGUUUCUAAUAACAGUGAUGACUGAGAGCCUGUUGGAUUUUCCAGCUGACAGCAUUGUUGCUUGUGUCCUCUGUUUGUAACUGCAAGGCUGGGCCUCUCAGUUAUUAUUGCUAUUAGGAAAUCAUGUUUGUCAUGUUUACUUACAUUCUUACUUCCUUUCCUGCAUUAUUUUAAUCAAGUAGUGGCUUAGGACAACGUAAAGUCCAGUAGUGACUAAGGCUGUGCUUUUGUUGAUGUAAAAAACAUGGCUGUUGGCCAAAGUGAAGGAGUUUCUUUUAGUUUUCAUGGAGAAGCUGAAGGAGUAAUUUAGCUGUAGAACUCUGCAGAUAUGAGGAUUCCUCCUCACACACACAAGCAGAUGACAUGCUUGCAAAACUGGUUUCAGCUUGGAAGUUACUGAGUUCAUUUUUCAGAGAGUUGUUAGUUCUCUGUAUUUCUACUAAGGGAUUUAGCCAUAACUGCAUAAAAAUAUUUUGUUCUAUGAAAAUGAAGGGGGUGAUAUAUGAUGUGUUACAUUCUCAUAGUCUCCUCCGGUAGCUUAAACUGACAGUACUUUGAGCCUGUUGUCUUCUUGCCCAGCAUUAGGCUAGUAUUCCCUUCUUAUGUGCAUCACCUGUAUUGUUGUCCGCAUUUUUUCUUCGUAGUUUUAUUAAUAUUCUACUGGCUUUCUGACCCUGUAGGAAUUAGAGAAGGCAGCCACAUUGAUCCAGUGACCUGGCAGUCAGCAGCACAGGCCAGGAAUACUCUGUUAGGAGUAAUUGGGACAUGAUUCCUGGGAAAAAAUAAUUCUCUUUUUUUCUUCCAUGAACGGUGCUGUUCUGAAGUCUUCAAAAUUUUCCCUCUGCUGAUAAAUAGCAGUAUACAUUUUAAUUUUACAAACAAGGCAAACAAACAUUUCUCAAACUAUUACUUCUCCCCAAGCUGCAGUGACUAUUUACAUGUCAGUCACCUCAGUGCUUUACAGUUGAAGUGGUCACUUACAUGAUGGUUCCCACAGCCUUGGGCUCCACAGGGUCAUAUCGUUGAUUUAAAAGGAAGAGUUAACCGUGUUGCAUCUAGAGAGAGCAAAAUUACACACUCCAGAACUUGCAUUUGUAGCAUUAGUUGUAGAGUUUUGGGUGUCCUUACCACCUGUGGGGUGCCUGCUUCUCACUACCACCUACAUCUGGACACGUGCUUAUGUCUCAUUCAUCUUUGGCAUGUGGGAAGUGUCAAUGCAGCGUUAGCCCAUCAUGUAUGCAGCUUCUAUAUGUUAUAUGUUGACAUGCUUUGGUUUCCUGUUCAAUUCUUUUACUUUCUAAGCUUUUAAAAAUUAGCCAGUUCAUGGUUGUUGCCUUUUUCCUUAGUUUUCCUUUCAGUUUUCCUCCCCCUAUCCUUCACAUGUGUUGAACUGUGUGGAGCUUGGUGUUGGUUUAGUUUAUAUGGCCAGAUCCUGCUUUGGGACUCUUCCUUUGUUAUUUGACUGUGGUUCUUGUCAUCUGUUUCUUCUCUUUGUCCUUCUCCCUCUGCCCUGGCCCUUCCUUUCCCUCUCUGAGAGGCAUUGGAUUACGUUUUCAGUAGUACAGGCUUCUUGCCAAUAUGAAGGGAACUUUCCAGAAAGAGACCUACUCUGGUCAUUUAAUUUUGAAAACAGUUUUCAAUCGUUCAAGUUUUGGAUGGUUUAUAUCUAAUGUGUGUUUCAUUUUUUUGGAAAGCUAUAUUUUAUAUUUAGGAAAUGGUAUACUAUUUUGCUAUUUGUACUAAGUGAGUACAUUGGCAUAAAUAUAGAAAUUUAUAUAUAUAUAUAUAUAUACAUAUAUAAACUAUUCUUUUUUGCCACACAUUUUUGUGGUAAAUUUGUGAGUUUGUCUGAUGUUCUACCACAACGUGGCGUCUGAUAACAGUGAGGGGGGUUUGUUAUGUCUUUCUUGAGUAUUUAAGCACCUUUUGAAGCAAAUGGCCUGUUUAUCUAUAGCCAUUCCAUCAGGCAGUUCCUCGAUGUUAUUAGGGAGCUGAAGGCGACUGACUGUGUGUUUGCUGGAUCUUCACUCAGUGAGAUGUUAAAGCGCAAGGAAAUUCAUUUGAGGCAGUGUGUCAAAUGGUGUUUGACAAGAAUGAGCCACUCUGUCUUUGUUCACUAUAUAUUUAAUAUUUUAUUAUUGUUGUUGUUGUUAUUAAUUGGCUUUCUGUAUCCUAUGCCUUUUAUUUAUAAAGACACUAAAAAAAACCAUGUUUGUAAUUUUAAUAACAUUUCCCCAUCUUUUAAUAUCCAGAGCUACUUUAUAAAUUCUCUAAACCAAAAGUAUAUCCUCAAGAUCUCCUUUCUCCCCCCCAGUUCCUAUAGGGAAAAAUCACCCAACAUAGUUCGGGUUACAAGAAGGGUCAGCCACACAAUUCAGUGCUUCAGUUUUAAAAGUAAAACAGACAGACACUAGAGUGCUGUCUGGAGCAUCAUAGAAAGCAGACCUAGCAGAUUUAGGAAAAACAGAAGUCAAAGUUUAAAACCACAUUUACUUCUGAGUUUUCUGAAUUACUUUGUGAGAUCAUGUAGAAGACUCAGGAAAUCUGUUUGUUCACCAAGAUCAAGUUAGAAUGUUUGACACUGCCAUGCCAGGGAUGACGUGGCAGCAGGAAGCCUGGCUCGUGUGGUGGCUUCUGGUCAUUCUGGACUAGCAGCUUAUCCUUACAAAAUGCUAAUUGGCAAUGCCAAGUCACCGGGACCAAUUUCUGUUUUAUAAUGUUUAAGUUUAGAACAGAACAUCACCUGAACUGUAGUGCUUUGAGAGGAUGGAGGUGGAAACCCCCAUUUUCAGUCUCAUCACUUCUGUGGUUAUUUAUACAAGGGCUGUGCUGUGCUACCAUAUUCCUGCUCAAAUAUGAUGGAGUUUGUUUGUUUUCUCACAUUGUUAAAUGUUCCUUGCCCCUAAAGGUCCAUGUUAAGAACAAUGUUCUGAAUAUAUUGAUUUGGUUACAAAAAGUAUGUCUUCUUAUUGAAGAGUUAGCUCAGUGGUUGAUAUUUGUGCUAAGAUGCAGCUUCCCAGUUACUGUUACAAGUUACAGCUGCCAAUGGGAAGACUCAAUAAGCCAGCAAAGGCCUUGGAAAUCAUGAUUUAUUAAAUUUAUAUCUGGCAGAAGGACCUAAAUAAACUGUGAACUACAUUUUAUUCCUUUGUUACAUUUGGCUCUUGCUUUCAGCAAUUCACAGACAUGCUUGGAGCGCUCUCUCUCUCUCUCUCUCUCUCUCUCUCUCUCUCUGUCUCUCCCCUUCCUUCCUCCCUCCCUUUCCCUCUCCCUCUCUCUCCCACUCCCUCUCUCCCUCCCUCUGUACUCUCCCUCUACAUCCUUUCUUUCCUCUCUCCCUUUCCCUCUCUCUCUCCCUCUCCCUCUCUCUCCCUCUCUCCCCCUCUCUCCUCCCGCUCUACUCUCCCACUAUAUCCUUCCCUUUCUCUCUCCCACUUUCCCUCCCUUCCUCUCUCCAUCCACACACACCUCUGUGUGUGUGUGUGUGUGUGUGUGUGUGUGUGUGUGUGUGUGUAUGUGCAAGUUAUUCCUUCUUCUCAUUUCACACCAAGGAGAAGACAUUACAUACUUUUUUCCUAAGCAUUGCUGUGGACUUUUCUGAUUCUAGCAUCAUGUUGCUAUUUGGUAUUUAGCCAUUGUAGACCUGUCUUACCCUUAGACCAAGUGUUAAAAGGGCUUUUAUUAAUAGAAGCAGUAUUAACAAGAGGCCUCUUUCUCUCCCUCCCAUUCUCCCAUCCUUCCUUGCCCCCUCUUUGUAUAAUAUUGUGAGUUAUAGUUUAUAAUUGCAUUAUAGUAGAUUUAUGGCCUAUCAGAAUUUUGACUAAUGUACCCAGAAAAAAAUAGAAGGAAGAAAUUGUGCAUCUGUUCCUUCAGAAUGAAAGGGACAAUUCCUUUUGACCUUUUGAAUGUUUGUUUUUAUUUUUUCAGCAAGGUUGCACUAUGCUGCCCAAGUCCUGGGCCUGCUGGUAUGAAGCAUCUUACCUGGCCCCCCUUUUUAAACCAGUAUAAAUGCUUGUUUUGGGAAAAUGAAAUCUGUCAGCAAAUAAAAACCAAAACUGAAUAAUUCUUUUUUUAAUUACUAUUAUUUUUUGUAUUUUUUAUGUACACUGUCACUGUCUUCAGACACCAGAGGAGGGCAUUGGAUCCCAUUACAAAUGGUUUUGAGCCAGCAAGUGGUUGCUGGGAAUUGAACUCAGGACCUCUGGGAAAGCAAUCAGUUCUCUUAACCACUGUGCCAUCUCUUCGCCCCUGAAUAAUUCUUAAAUUCAGCAGAGUUAUACUUAUUCACAGGGGUUAGCCUGAGAAUUUUUCAUUUUCCUAGUAAAAUUUUUUGUUAUCCCUAUUUCCUGAUUGUUAAUUAGUUGAAAGUUAUGGGAGAACUUGUGGCUUUACUUUGCAUCUCUAGCAGAGGCUCUAUUUCUAACCAAGAUGACCACUUUAUAUCUGGGUGCUUUGGGUUACCUGGAGGGGCUCAGUGAAAGAGAAAAACUAAUUCAGUAGACAUAUUAGAGAAAUAACCCAGGCCUGGAGGUGUGGCUCAGAGGUAGAGAGUUUAUGUAGCAUUUGCAAGGCCCUGAAUUUGGUCCCCAACACCACAAAAAGGGAGAGAGAGAUCUUGGGUACACACGCUAGCAAGGGGAUUAGCACUCACACACACUGAGAGCUUUCCCAUUCUGCCUGCUUUUGUCACUAGAGCUAAACUGAAGGUGACAUUCAUGAUGCAGGAGAUUGACUCUCUUCAGUAUCAUAUGUAAAUUAUCCCAAUACCCUAAUUACUUUUUAACUGUCUAUUUUCAUGCCAUGCUAAGCCUCAUAUUAAUAAAGUUCUGUUUUUACUGCUCUUGCUCUUCAGGCAAUUUUUUACAUUAAUAUUUUAUAUGUAGAUUAAAUGUUAUGGAAAAGUGCCUUUUUACCAUGCCAGUGCCCCCUUCUUUAGUAUAUGUGCUGCCAAAGUGAGCACCGUGCCCCCUUCUUAAAAACUUCACCUUCCACUAUUGCCAAAAUUCUGUGAACAACUGGUUUUAUCAGGUCCCAACUUGUACUUUUUCCAUGUGACCAUUAUUUUCUCCAUUUCUUGGUCACCAUAGGAGAUAACUUUGUCAGUUCCUUUGACUUAAAAAUAAUAGAGAAAGUGCUUUGGCAGAAUUGCUUGGGAAAGUAAGUGCACACUGUUCAGGCUUGUGUGAAUCAAGUCUAAUUUUCUCAUCCCAACAAAUUAUAGAUGGCUAGCACCUGAAUAAGAACAAAAAUAAAAAUUUGGCUGACUGUGAGACUUCAUGCACAAAAAUGUGUGUUAAAUGUUAUAAAGGCACUACUCACAGCCUCUUCUUAGAUCCUAAUUAGCUGGGGGGUGGGGGGUAGGGAACAGUCACUAAAACGUAGGUUUUGUAAGGCCUGGAGGUAACAUUGGGGUUUUUUUCCCUAAUUAAAUGUGACAAAGUAGUUUAUUUCUUAUCUAUCUGAACUUCAGUUAAUUGACUUUAGAAAACUUAAUGUCAGAAAAAACUUAGAAGUCAUUUGAGUGGGGGCGGGGGGAGCUAAAGUAACGUCUUAGUCUCAGAUACAGUUGGGUUGAGUGUCCUGGUUUUGUCCAUUUUGUUUCUGAUCCAGCUCCUUAUGGUGGUGCUUGAAGAAAGGGGCAUCAGCAUCAAAUUCAGGACAGUAGUAACUUAAACUCUGCAACAAAGGUGUGUUCCCCAUUCAAGUACGAUUGUAACUGUUGGUGGACUGAAGAUAGCAUACUUAUGCAGUAUUUGUAAUACUCUAUUGUGCACUUUAAUCAUUCCAAACAAAGCCAAGAAUACAUCUUAACUAUUCAGAAUACUGCAUAUUUAUUUUGGAUUUAUGGCUUGGUGUGUUAGGUUCCUGCUUAUUUAAAGUAACUUACAACAAGUUUGAAAUUACUAUUUUCUAAAGGACUUAAGACCUUGAAAUGUAGCUGUAGGGAAAUGACUACAUUUUACAGACCAUUUUAGAAAUAGUAAAAUUUGACUGACUGAUGAGUAUGUUGGAUAGCUACUUAGAACCAUUCCCCUUCCUGUGUAUUUCGUGUCCCUUAUAUAAGAAUGCUAUAGUGUAUAGUUUCUACCCCUGUGGUUUAUGCAAACCUACUAGUAUGGUCCUCUGCCCAGCAGCUAGCUGAUGCAGUAUGAGCAGGGAACUAGUUAAAGGUGCACAUUCUUGGGCAGUAGCCCAGGCGUACUGAAUUAGAUCUGAAGUGGGGCCCAGCAGUCUGUCUGACCCAAGUCCCCAGUGAGUCCAGUGCAUCCUUAGUUUCAGAGCCACUCUAGCGGAUGAGCUCUACCUAGUGAAAGCUAGAGAAUUUCUUCCCACUUUUAAGAGAUAAUUAUUUCUUCUUUGUGUAUAUUCAGCCUUACCUGGUUAUCUGUGAUCAUUUCUCAACAAUAAUAAUUUAUUCUCAGUACUGCCUAAGAAAUGCAUGUGUUUUAUGUAUAUACAGUGUAGUUAUUGAUAAUUCAUUUAACUUAGUUUGGCAUUUCCCUACCACUGACUAAAAAGUUUACAUUAACUGACUGAUUUCAAUAUAUAGGUGCAAUGUUCUGUAUUUCUUUAAUUGUUGUGACACUUACUUAGCUAAAAUAAUUGAUGGGUGCUACAGUCUCCUGUUUAUGCAUAACAUGGGUACAUUGUGGGCAGUGUAAUACAAGCUUUCUCUUUGUUGCCUCUUAAUUUACCAGCAGGCCAUGGUUUUGCUCUUGGCUAGACCAGCUCUCAGAACAGAAUUGCCAUUCCAUACCAUUUUUCUUGUAUCUGAGAUCUCAGAUAGAUGGCUGGCCAGGCCAACAUAGCACCUUAUUUAAUUUCUUCUCUUAAUAUAUUCUUUUCAAGUAGCUUACUUGGCAUUUGAACAGCACAGUCAAGUGAUGGUUCUUGGAACUCACACUUCAGAUUAAGUACUUAAAAUGAUAAGACAGUGCAUUUUAUAAUUUGGGUAUCUCCUUUCUCAGUUGUGUGCAUCUUAAUAAAUACAAGCUAAGCAGGUUUAUUUUUUUCCUUUAGAAUUCAGCACUUCCAUCAUCCUUCCACUGUUUACAAAUCACUGAUGAGUUAACUCAUGAAAAAGAGAUUCACUUUUCAGAAUAAAACUAAAUGAAUACUUGCUUUCUGAGAAUCACUGCUUCUGUACCACACUAGCAGUGCUAAGUGGCUUACUCUACAAACUGGUGCUGGAAAGUAAGUAGGCAAGCUGUUGGGAUGCUGUAGAGACCCCCUCCCUUCCCCUUCUGUCACUGGAUACAGAGCAUUCUACACAAUUUAUUUAACCAAGGUUUGUAACACCUCCUUUAAAGAUCCUGCAUUCAACCUAUGUCACCCCUACCUGCUCUCUCUCAUUGGUCCUUCCCCUACCCAGGAACCCACCCCAGCAGUAAUAAUAUGCAUGGUUUGUAGGGGUGGCCUAUUGUUACUAUUUUAGCUAGUGAGCCUCAGGAAAGCUUACACUCACACAUAACCCCAGACGCUUGCAAGUGAGUUGAGAAUCAAACUUCUGUGACCUGACUGGAGUUAGAGUUCAGCGACGGAGCCUUUGUACACACAAGGCCCAAGGUAGGUAUAAUCCCUGGUACCAAAGAGAGACAGACAGACAGACAGACAGGCAGACAGAGCUGUCCUGCACCGAAGUGAUCACAAUUUCACUCAUUAGAGACCUUCUGCAGUGCAAUUGAACUAACCCCUUCUAUCUAAUGAAUGUAUCUGUUCACCUUGUUCCCUCUAAGGAUAAGCUCCAAGUGAUUGCUGCUUUCCUGGCAACUUGACUGAGUUUCACUCUCUUCUUUUACUUCCUGUUUUAAUGAGUAACUUGGAAUAUUUCAUUAACGUGUUCUCAAGUGAUUUAGCUGCCAUUCUGCCAUUUUGAGUUUUGUUUAAUUUUAUCUGCUUGAGCACACUGAUCAACCACUGACCUGCCUUCUUGCAUUGUCCUGCAGUGACGUAAGAGUGACAUUGUGUAUACGACUUCAUAGUUGGAAUUUCAGAGCACUGACACCAGAUAUUCUCAGUUUGUUCUCUGGGGGAAUUUCAUUUGCAUUUAUGUUUUUAGCUAUCUGUGAUAACUUGUUAAAUAUUAAAAAGAUAUUUUGCUUCUAUUGGAACAUUUGUAUACUCGCAAUUAUAUUUCUGUAAACAGCUGCAGUCAAAAAUAAAACAUUGAAAGUUUUCA